GCUCAAUUUUAGGACCAUUGCUGUUCCUGUUGUACACCAACGACUUACCCGAGUGUCUUAAUAACACAAGACCUCGACUAUUCGCUGAUGACACAAAUCUUACAGCCUCUGGUAACUCCACAGCUGAUGUUGAGCUUGCAGUAAACUCUGAUCUAGACAACCUAAGAAACUG